CAAACUCAAAGUCGUGACUGAAGGAGGAAGAAGCAGCUCGGAGGGUCCAGGGUCCCGCCGCCCCCCAGGAAACAAGAGGAAGUUACCUGUUGAUGAGGUCGUGCAUUCAGAGAAGUGAAGCGUGAACAAAGGUGACUCUCCGGUGGACAGGGGGAGUGAAGGACCCAGGUUUUAAUCCACCCCCCCAGCAGCAGCAGACCUGUUGGAGGACAGAAUGGACACUCCGACCUCUUGGAGACUUAUUUUGAUCCUCACGUGCCAGCUGGUUUCUGUGACUCAGCCCUCCAAGGUGUGGGGAGAGGUCCCGCUGCCAGAAGACUUGGAAUCAGAAAAAAACAUCCAGGCAUCUCGGAGUUUACUGGACGAUGAUGAGGACUUUGCAGCUGAUGGAGCUUCAGGAGACCUGCCGAGUGGAGAGGAAGAUGGCAGCACUCCAGAUCCUGACAGCACAAUUUAUUACAGAGCUCUUGUCAACUUUACCGACUCUGUGGUGUACAGCCCUGAGCUUGACGACAUCUUCUCUCAAGAAUUCAAGGAGAUUUCAGAGGCUGUGAUGGACACGCUGGAGUCGGAGUACAACAAGAUUCCAGGUGUCCAGACAGUCAAUGUGGUCCUCAUUAAAAAAGUCAUAAGAGAGGAUGGUGUUGAUGUGUUUGUGGAACUGGACGUGGGUUCUGAUUACAACUCCGAUGAGGAACAGAUCCGCAGCGUGCUUUACAACGUGGUGAACGAGGGAACCAUUGCUUCCUACGUCACAUCAGUCAAGGGUUUUCUGUUCAGGAGGCUUGGAAAAGUAGAAUCUCUGUCUACAGUGGAACCUAGAACAGUGCCAGUAAUCCCUUCCAGAAGACCGUGUAUGGCUGAUGAGUUCCAGUGUGGUGAUAAAACAUGCAUCCUGAAAGAAUACCUGUGUGACAACAGACUGGACUGUGGAGACAUGAGUGAUGAGCUCAACUGUGAUUUGCAAAGAGCCACCGUGCCUGCCUUCACCACACCCGCCACCACUACCACCACAUCAGCUGCGGUACUGGGCCCCCAGCCCCCCUUCCCAUUUUCACCCUGCAGAUCAGAUCAAGCCAAGUGUCAAAGUGGGGAAUGUGUGAACCGAAACCUUAUAUGUGAUGGAGUCAAGGACUGCGCAGACGGCAGCGAUGAGGUCGCGUGCGGAACUCAGUCUCCCUGUGAGCCCAAUGAGUUUAAGUGUAAAAAUGGUCACUGCGCCCUCAAGAUCUGGCGUUGUGAUGGUGACAAGGACUGUGAAGAUAACUCUGAUGAGUCAGACUGCCCGACCAAGGGUCCUAAUGACAGAUGUGGCCCUGAGCAGUUCGAGUGUCAGACUGAUCGCACCUGCAUCCCAGCCAGUUACCAGUGCGAUGAAGAGUCGGACUGUCCCGACCGCUCUGAUGAGUAUGGCUGCACCCCGCCCUCUGUAAUAAGCCCCCCAGAGUCCAUCCAGGCAGCCCAGGGCUCGACUGUGACCUUCACCUGUCAGGCUGUUGGAGUUCCCACACCCAUGAUCUCCUGGAGACUCAACUGGGGACACAUUCCUUCUGACAGCAGGUUUUCCAUAACCAAUCAGAACGGCCGCGGCACCCUCACCAUUCACAACGUGAAAGAGUCAGACCAGGGGGCGUACAGCUGCGAGGCCAUCAAUGCUAAAGGCAUGGUGUUUGGCAUCCCUGAUGGAGUUUUAACUCUCACAGGAAAUCUUAACCCAGACAACUGUCCCAGUGGUCACUUCAGCGUGGACGGCCGCUGCGUCCUCUGCUUCUGUGCUGGAAUCGCCAACAACUGCAAGAACACUGGACGCUACCGCCACCAGAUCAGCCUGCGCUUCACCGAAGAGGAGAACUUCAAAGGUGUAAAUGUUAGUUACCCCUCCAGACCGGGCACUCCUCCUCUCUCCUCCACUCAGCUCCUCAUCAACCCCGAGAUGGAGGAGUUCCAGCUCGUCGACCUUUCACGACGCUUCCUCAACCUCGAGUCCUACUGGACCUUGCCUCGCCAGUUCCUAGGCAACAAAAUCGAUUCCUAUGGAGGAUCCCUGAAGUACAAGGUGCGGUACACGCUGGCUCGUGGCCUGUCUGAGCAGGUGGUCAGGUCCAACGUGAUUUUGAUGGGAAACGGGCGCAGGCUUCUGUACCACAGAGAGAACAGCAACACCCCUCCCAAUGUGGUCAGCCAGAAACACAUCCGCUUCACUGAAGACCGCUGGCAGCAUUCCAACGGUCAGCCUGUGAGCCGCCAGGAGCUGCUGAUGACGCUGGCCAACCUGGACAGCAUCAGCAUCCGCACCAUCUACGACAACCACAUGGUCAGUGUGGGGCUCAGCGACAUCGUCAUGGAUACCACCACCGUGGAGUUCAGCACUCUGGGUCACGCUAAGGAUGUUGAGGAAUGCAGCUGUCCUCCUGGAUAUGCGGGCCUGUCCUGUGAAAUGUGUUCGACUGGUUUUGAGCGUGUCCCCGGCGGCUCAUACCUUGGCACCUGUGCUGGCUGUAACUGUAAUGGACAUGCAACGGCCUGCGAUCCAAUCAGUGGACACUGUCUGAGCUGCCAACACAACACAGAGGGCCCCCAGUGUGACAAGUGUCGCCCAGGGUUCUUUGGUGACCCGAGCCGGGGUCGUCCCGACGACUGCAAGCCCUGCGCCUGUCCAUACACUGAGACCUCGCGUCGGUUUUCUGACACCUGCUUCCUGGGCUUUGACCAGCAGCCGACAUGUGACGCCUGCAGGCCCGGCUACACAGGAAGACGCUGUGAAAAGUGUGCUUCUGGUUACCAUGGUAACCCCCUUCUUCCUAAUGGAAAAUGUGUUCCCAACCAGAGCAGCUCCAGUUGUGAUAACAGAGGAACCAUCAGCUCCGGCAGCGCGCUGUGCAGCUGCAAGAACAACGUGGCAGGCGCUCUGUGUGACGAGUGCAAGCCGGGGUUCUUCCACCUCUCACAGUCCAACCCUGAUGGCUGCCUGCGCUGUUUCUGCAUGGGCGUCACCAAACAGUGUGCCAGCUCCUCGUGGAGCAGAAAGGAGGUCCGAGGAGGAGUCAUCGGGCAGAUCUCCCUCACUGACAGCACCAACACUAAAACAAUCUCUGAGGGGAUGGACCAGAGGGGCUCUGCAGUCGUCUACCGGCCCUUGCCGGGCAGCUCCAGUGACGUCUACUACUGGGUGCUGCCUGAGAGCUUCAGAGGAGAUAAGGUGACAGCAUACGGUGGAGAGCUGCGCUACACAGUGAGCUUUGAGCCGUAUCAGCGCUCGCGGGUGAUCGACGGGCGCCCAGACGUGGUUCUCCAAGGCAACAACAUCUUCCUGGAGCACUUCUCUCAGACAAAGUUUCAGCCAUGGCUGCCGCAAACUGUCACAGUGACGUUCAGAGAGGCGGAAUGGCAGCGCACUGACGGUCAGCCGUGCACUCGUGAGCACCUGCUGAUGGCCCUGGCUGACGUUGCCGUCUUCAUGAUUAGAGCCACAUAUGCAGACAGUAUGGUUGAAACCAGCAUCUCCGAUAUCAAGAUGGAUGUUGCUGUUCCUCAUUCGACGGGUCACCAACAAGCUGUGGAGGUGGAGGAGUGUGCCUGCCCGCAGGGGUACAGAGGACCAUCCUGCCAGGAGUGUGAUGACGGUUACACACGGACCACCUCGGGUCUUUACCUGGGCACGUGUGAGAGGUGCAACUGCAAUGGUCACUCCAGCAGCUGCGACCCAGAGACCGGCAGGUGUCUGCAAUGUCUUCAUCACACGACUGGAGACAGAUGUGAGAACUGUCUGAGUGGUUUCUAUGGAGACCCUGUGAGGGGUCAGCCCUGUCAGCCCUGCCCCUGUCCUGGAGUCAGUCCCAGCAACCAAUUCUCUUCAGUGUGUCAUCGGGGUGUCAACGGUGAGCCAGUCUGUGACAGAUGUCCCACUGGAUUCACUGGAAGACGCUGUGAAAGAUGUGCUCCAGGAUACACUGGUAACCCUCUGCUUGGAGAGAGAUGUGCACUCGACAAUGAAGUCAAUGGUAACUGCUACAAGUGCGACCAAAGAGGAAGUGAACACUGUUACAGUGGUGCUUGUCAAUGCAAGAUGAAUGUUGAAGGUCCAUCUUGCUCCACUUGUAAGUCUGGAAGCUUCCAUCUUAGCCAGGAAAAUAAAGAUGGCUGUUUGACCUGUUUCUGUAUGGGCGUCACUCAGCAGUGCUCCAGCUCUACGUUCUAUAGAGACACGGUCUCCUCAGUCUUUACUCCAGGAAACUUUCAGGGUUUCGCUCUAGUGAACCGCCAGCGAAGCAGUCGCAUUACUACUGGUUUCACUGUGGAAGUUUCCACUGAAGGCACUCAGUUGUCCUACAGCAACUUCAACCAGUUGGGACAAGGCCCCCACUACUGGCAGCUCCCAGAGUCUUACCGAGGAGACAAGAAAGAUUCUUCCUUUGCUCGUACGAAACGAGCUCCUCAGGCUGAUGUCAAAAAGCUGGAUGCUGAGAUCUGGGCGCUCAUGCAUAAUUUCUCCAAUGGCUCUUCUUCUAAAUCUUCUUCACUUACCUCCUCUCGGUUCUCAUCUUCUUCUGCUUCUCAAUGGUCCUUUCAUCACCUGAGCCCCCCCUCUCCUCCGUCUGAUAUUUCUUCUUCAGUUAAACCAACCCGGCCUCAACCUUACUCCCCAGGCCACGCCCCUCAUCUGAAGAGCAAGAACACUAUGAGCAAGACUGCUAGUGCUUCUGGAGACAGCAGCAAGUACGCUCUGGUCUACAAAGGUUUCAGCUCGCAGCGGGAAGAUGUGCUCUACUGGCAGCUCCCCAAGCAGUUCUUGGGGGAUCAGGUUGGUUCGUAUGGCGGGAAACUUAAAUACACCAUUUCCUACGUGGCUAGUCAAAGAGGAACACAACUCGAAGAUGCUGACGUCCAAAUUAUUGGCAACGACAUCACCCUGGUAGCCCGUCAGACUUGGCAGAGGAGGCAGCAAGGCAGCAGAGAGAGCAAACAAUUUGAGAUCAUCUUCAGAGAGGAACACUGGCAGCGGCCUGACGGCAUGCCGGCCACUCGAGAGCACCUGAUGAUGGUUCUGGCUGAUCUCGAUGAUAUCCUGAUUCGAGCUUCCUACUCCACUGAGAUGCGCUCCUCCAGCGUCCAUGACAUCAGCAUGGACAUUGCCGUGCCCAACUACAGCGGCUUGGCACAGGCACUCGAGGUGGAACAGUGCCGAUGCCCACCCGGGUACCACGGACUCUCCUGCCAGGACUGUGCACCUGGAUACACUCGUACAGGAGGAGGUUUGUACCUGGGUCACUGUGAGCUCUGUGAAUGCAACGGCCACUCGGACACUUGCCACCCUGAGACUGGCAUCUGCACGAGCUGCCUGCACAACACGCAUGGUGAGUUCUGUGAGCAGUGCGCCUCUGGCUUCUUUGGCGACCCAACUGCUGGAACUCCAGUGGACUGCCAGCCAUGUGCCUGUCCUCACACUGACCCAGACAACCAGUUCUCUCCCACCUGCGAGAGCCUUGGUAAUGGAGACUAUCAGUGUACGGCCUGCCAGCCUGGCUACACUGGCCAGUACUGUGAACGUUGUGCUCUUGGAUAUGUUGGCAACCCUCAGCGGAGAGAAAAAUGUCAACCAAAAGAUGCUGCAGCCUCCCUGGUGGUAAAGGUCUAUCCAGAGAGCUUCAAAGCGACCCAGGGCAGCUCUGUUACUCUGCGCUGUCAGGUUUCUGGGUCUCCUCCACACUUUUACUACUGGUCCAGACUGGAUGGACAACCCAUCUCUAAUAGUGCUGAAAGACUCAAGCAAGGAGCAGAACUGUACUUCACCAGCAUCCAGCCGAGUGAUGCCGGUGUCUACGUCUGCACCUGCAUGGACCAGCGCAGCACCAACAAGAGCCAUGCUGAGAUUAUCAUCACAGGUGGGCCAACUAAACCCAUUGAGGUCACAGUGGAGGAGCCUAAAUCUCAGAUCAUGAGGGUCGGCUCCACAGUCAAUUUCAUCUGUACUGCAAAGAGCAAGUCACCAGCCUACACCCUGGUGUGGACCCGGAAGGGUAUCGGGAGACUUCCCAACCGGGCCACAGACUUCAACGGCAUCCUGACAAUUCAGAACGUCCAGCCUGAGGAUGCGGGCAUCUACGUUUGCACAGGCUCCAACAUGUUCGCCAUGGAUGAGAGCACUGCCAUCCUCUACGUGCCAGAGGCCUCUCAGACUCAGAUGUUUUACACAGCCUAUGAAAUGUUUGAAGGACACAGAAAGCCUGUGGAGGGGGUCCAGCCCAUCGCCACCAUCACCCCCUCAGUGUUAAAUGUCCAGCAGGGCCAUCGAGCUGAGCUUCGGUGCUCAGUGACUGGAAACCCAACGCCAUCCAUUGAAUGGAUUGGAGGCCCUGGGAACAGAAUGAUUCCCAGAGCUGUGAUAAGAAAUGGCAUCCUGACUUUCACAGCUGUGGACCUGGCUGAUGAGGGGGAGUACACGUGCAAGGCCCUGAACACUCACGGCGAGCACUCAGCACGGGCGUCCAUCUAUGUCCAAAAAUCGAACCCCAGUGGCCCCGGCACCGUGCCCCAAGUCCAAGUGAGUCCUCAAAAUGCUGAAAUCCACGAAGGCGAAACCUUGAGGUUGUACUGCAGAGCGUCUGGCUCGCCUGCACCAAAACUUACCUGGGUGAAAAAUGGAGGACAACUCCCCCAACAGGCCAUUCCCUCUCACGGUUUCCAUCAGUUUAAAAGCAACAGUCUCGGUGUGUUACAGAGACGUAUUGAGGAGCUGCAGGCCCGAACAGACCGCACAGACAUCGGUACCCUGCUCAUCCCUGAAAUCAAGAUGUCUGACUCAGGCACUUACAUGUGUGUUGGCAGCAACAGCAUCGGCUCGAACAGCGCUCCCAUUAGAGUCACCGUGCUUAAAGCAGACUACAGCUCCACAGCUGUUACCAUCCAGCCAUCUAUUGCUGAUGUCCAAGAGGGUCAAAGUCUGGAGCUCAACUGCUUCGCUCCUGGAAACCCCCCUCCUAAAGUCACCUGGACGAGAGCCAGCGGACCCCUGUCGGCCAACCACCAGAUUGUUGGCAGUCAGCUGCGCAUCCUGUCAGCCUCCUCUGAGGACUCAGGAGAGUAUAUCUGCCGGGUGCAGGACAACUCCUGGAGCUCAGGUCCUCAUGUCCUCCAGGCUUCUGUCUCCGUGUCUGUCACCUCAUCUUCUUCACGCCUGCAAAGCCCGAUCAUCGGCAUUGAGCCCCACAGUGCUGCGGUGGGUGUGGGGGAGUCGGCCAGCUUCAGGUGCCAGGUCUACAGUGGAUCUCAACCCGUCAGACUGGAAUGGAAACUGGUCAACAACCAGCCGCUGCCAGAUAAUGUCAGAGUUGGCCCUGGUGGCUCUGUUAUCACCAUCAGCAAUGCUCGCCCUAUGAACCAUGGAGCUUACCGCUGCGUGGCCAGCAACCGGUUUGGUAUCACCCACACGAUAGUGUCUCUGAUCGUUAAAGAGUCUCCCGUGGCCACCGUCACCCCUGUUGGACCUGUGAGGGUCAGAGCGGGUGACCCCAUUAACCUUGAAUGCCAAGCUUCAGGAGAGCCCCGUCCCUCGGUGACCUGGCACAGACUGGACAAUAACCGUAAAACCCUGCUGCACAGCCCCGCGCCUAUGGAGUCUAAUGCAGUCCUGCAGAUUCUCGUGGCUCGUCCAGAAGACAGUGGCACAUAUGUGUGCACGGCUCGGAACAUGGAGGGCACCACUGACACCAGGGUGGAGGUGACGGUUGACGGAGGAGCCCAGGUCCCCUCGGCACCCAUCGCCUCAGUUUCUGAGCCUCUGCUGAUUGUGGUGGAGGGUCAGACUGUAACGCUGCCCUGUGAGGCCCACGGAUUUCCCUCCCCGACCAUCAGGUGGUCCAAGCUGCGGUCCCCUCUACCCUGGAGACACAAGGUAGUGAACAACAACCUGGUUCUGCCCAGUGUGGACCGACAAGACUCUGGGGAAUACAUCUGCAGCGCCACAAACACCAUGGGAACCAGUGAAGUCACCAUCACGUUAGAUGUGGAGACUCCUCCUUACGCCACCUCUGUGCCUGAUGACGUGGCUGUGCGGGUCGGGGAGGUGAUCAGACUGCAGUGCCUGGCACAUGGCACCCCUCCCUUGACCUACACCUGGACUAAGCUGGACGGGACCCUCCCUCCAAGAGCUCAGGUCAGCGGAGGUGACCUCCAGAUUAACCUGGCUACUGCUAAGGAUGCUGGGAGCUACAAGUGCGUGGCCAGCAACAACAUCGGCAGCAGCGAAGUAACUGCUAAAGUCACAAUCAGAUCCCCGUUGGCCGUACGUGUGUCCCCACAGGUGGAGGUUAAAGCCCUGGGCAGUGCUGUGGAGUUCACCUGUUCAGCAGCAGGUGGUGUAGAAACAAAGAUCGAGUGGCUGAAGGAAGGUGGAGCCCUGCCGCCAAACCACCACGUAAAAGAUGGAGUGCUCAGGAUUGAGAACCUGGAGCAGAGCAAUGAGGGAGUUUAUAUCUGCAGAGCGAGCAGUUUGUACAGCCAGGCACAGGACACCGCCAGGCUGACAAUUCAAGCUCUGCCAAAGGUCAUGAUUAAUGUGCGAACGUCGGUGCAGACGGUGAUAAUCGGGAACUCUGUGGAGUUUGAGUGCCAGGCUGUCGGUGACCCGGAGCCCAUGGUAAAAUGGAGUAAAGUCGGUAGCCUGCUGCCAGCGCACAUCAUGGUGAAAGGUGGCAUGCUGAGAAUCGAGCGGGUCACUGAGGCCGACGCUGGUCAGUACCGCUGUACGGCCACCAACAAUGUGGGCUCGGUUCAGUCUCAGGUGCUCCUUAAAGUCCAAUCUCUUCCUCAAAUUGCUGCACUACCAGAAAUGAAGGAGGUGACUGUUGGGUCCAACGCAGUCCUGCCCUGCGUGGCUUCAGGGUAUCCAGCCCCUGAUAUCAAAUGGUCAAAGAUGGAGGGAGAACUUCCUCCCAAGUGUGUCCAGGAGGCCAAUGUGCUGACAGUUCCUCGGGUCACCCAUGAGGACUCUGGCACCUACGUCUGCACAGCCUCCAACAAGCAGGGCAAAGUGGAAGCCUUCACCAGGCUCCAGGUCCACGAGAGAGUGAUGCCGUACUUCGCCCAGGAGCCCCUGUCCUACCUCACACUGCCCACCAUCAAAAACGCCUACAAAGCUUUCAACAUAAAGAUCAACUUCAGACCAGACAACGUUGAUGGUCUCAUAUUGUAUGCUGGCAUGAUCCUCUACAAUGGCCAGAGGAAGUCCACAGGAGCUGACUUUAUCUCUCUGGGACUUGUGAGCGGCCGCUUGGAGUUCAGGUUUGACGUGGGCUCUGGAAUGGCUACCAUAAGGGACCCUAACUCCAUAAAACUGGGAGAGUUUCACACUGUUGAGCUGCAUCGAAAUCUCACCCAGGGAUAUAUAAUUGUAGAUGGAGGGGAGCCCAUCAGUGGCACCUCACAGGGCAAGUUCCAAGGCCUUGAUCUGAAUGAAGAGUUGCAUGUGGGUGGUUACCCCAACUACACUGUCCUUGCCAAAACUGCUGGCAUUAAGACUGGGUUUGUGGGUUGUAUCCGUCAGCUUGUCAUUCAGGGAGAGGAGGUCAUCUUUAAAGACCUGGACCGCAGCUCUACUGGUGUCACAAACUGCCCCACCUGCAAAGACCAUCCAUGCCAGAAUGGAGGGAGGUGUGAGGACUCUGAAGCCAGCUUGUAUAAGUGCAGCUGCUCCAGAGGAUUUACAGGCAGCAACUGCCAGCAUCACUCAUCUCGUCACUGUCACUCAGAGGCCUGCGGCCCUGAUGCUACUUGCAUCAAUCGCCCGAGUGGCCUGGGCUACGACUGCCGCUGCCAUCUAGGCAAGUUUGGAAAUAAAUGCAUGGAAGGGGAACUAGUGACAACUCCACUGUUUGAUGGUGAGGUGUCAUAUAUAGCUUAUCCUCCUCUGACCAAUGUCCAUGAUGAUCUGCGUGUCGAGCUGGACUUCAAGCCCAUGGAGAGAAACGGCCUGAUGUUCUUCUGCGGUGGGAAAAAAAUGAAGGUGGAGGACUUUGUGACCAUUUCCAUGGUGGACGGACACGUGGAGUUCAGAUAUGAACUGGGCACAGGACAGGCAGUUCUUCUCAGUCCUCAGCCGGUGUCUCUGGGUCAGUGGCACAGAGUUGUGGCCGAGCGCAACCAAAAGGCUGGUCACCUGAAGGUGGAUCAGGGUCCAGUGGAAAGGAGGACAUCCCCAGGAAAAUCCCAAGGUUUAAAUAUCCACACCCCUAUGUACCUGGGAGGAGUACCCAGCAUGGAGGUCCUGCCCAAACCUGCCAACGUCAGCCGAAUGUUCGAGGGCUGUAUAGGCGAGGUUUCCAUCAACAACAAGAAGCUGGAUUUGUCCUACAGCUUCACGGAGAGCAAAUCCAUCAGCAGAUGUGUGAACAACAGUCCAUGUGACUUCCGGCCCUGCCUCAAUGGUGGCGAAUGCUUGUCGAGUGCCGAGUACGAGUACCAGUGUCUCUGUAAGGACGGAUUCGAAGGUGAACGUUGUGAGGUGGUGAAGUUUGCGUGCCAGGGUGACCUUCAGUGCCAAAACGGAGGAAGUUGUGUGAGCAGCAAGUGUGUAUGUUCACCUGGGUACACAGGCUUCAGCUGCGAGGAAAGCCAGGUCCUCAGCAUCCCAGAGACCCAGAGGAAUUCUGAAGCUAGCGAGGCGAAUGAUUCACCCUAUCAGUAUGCAGCUUCUUUCCACAAUGAUGGCUACAUGGCCCUUCCUAAGUCAGUUUUCCCAAGAAGUGCUCCUGACUCACCAGAAACCAUAGAAAUGGAAAUCAAAACCAAGUCCUUGGAGGGCCUGGUCCUGUGGCAGGGAGUGGAGACCAGUGGCGCACGAAAUUUACGAAAGAUGCAUGAUAGUAAAAAGGUACCCGGAGAACACGGCAAAGGCAAGGACUUCAUCAGCCUCGGUCUACAGAGCGGACACCUAGUUUUCAGUUACCAGCUGGGCAGCGGAGAGGCUAAAAUACGAUCCCGAAUGCCCAUCAAUGAUGGGAGGUGGCAUAAAGUCACAGCAGUCAGAACUGGAAAAGAUGGAUUUAUCCAGAUUGAUGGAGGAGACAUGCUACACGGACAGUCUAAAGGCAGCAGCAUCAUGGUCAACACCAAAGGCAGUUUAUACCUCGGUGGAGCCCCAGACAUGGCUGCCAUGACAGGAGGGAAGUUUUCAUCAGGAAUGACGGGCUGCGUGAGGAACCUGUCGCUGAUGAACGCUCGGCCAGAACUGCAGCAGGCCCGGGCCAUCGACCUUCAAGCCCACGCUGCUCAUGGCACCAAUGUUCAGCCCUGCUCCUCAUAGACAUGCAUACACACCACACACACACAGAGACUAUGGAGUGAUGUCAUACCUACACACACUGCAGACUCACUCAGAGAGACUUAACACUCGUAGAGCCUAAAACAAAUUUGGUGCUUUUGCUGCUACCAAAAAAAAAAAAACAUCACAGAAAAAAUCGAAACAAUUGAAAAUGAUGCUUUUCUUUGUGUGCAGUUAAACCAAAACAAAAUAUUUUUUUUACAAUAUUAACAACUCUGCUCCUCCACAGUAUUGUUUUCUGAAUGAAGGACUCCUAACGGACAGCUAGUACACUUUUCAUCCAUCAGAAGUACUUUAGCCACGAGAAGAUUAAGACUUAUUAGGCCUUCUUCAGUGGGCCCGAUCCUAUGGAGUGGGAGAGGUUUUUACAGCACUGAAUUUUUUUAUUUAUAUACAUAUGAAUAAAUAUAUUAUAUUUCAGGGGGAAAACAUGCAAACUAACCAUAAAACUGCUCUUCUGCUUCUUCUGGGUUCUUCUACUGUGUCUGAGGCUUUGACGGGCCUGACUGUAACAAUACUUGAAGAUGUUUAGGCCUUCUUUCAUCACUUCUCUACAUAAACCCUUUCCUUGAGAGCAUGCCUAAAACCUUUCAUCAAUCAGUUGGGAGAGGAGUGCACACGCUCACAGUCGCAUGCAGCUUCAGUACACAACUCAGGAUGCAAAAUACGAGUGACAAACUGUAAAUGUUCCACGUUUGUCUGUUUUUGAACCCAAUAAUUCACAACACUGGUGUGUCUUCUCUGUAUUUGUUGUUUUUUAAUGAAAGAAAGAACCCUUGGUGCUAAUGUCAGACAUGAAGAUGCUACAUUCACCUGUCUGUUACAUGUAGACGUGUGUUUUUAGUGCUUUGGCUGAAUGAGACAAUCUAAACCAGUUGUCUCAUUGGUCUGACUGGUUCGUUGCCUCCAUGGCCUGAUUGGAUUGAGUAGAUCUCAAAAAGGAGCUGGAACUGAAAAUAGAGUAUUUUUUAUGUGUGAUUGUUGAAUAUAUUGUUUUAUGUGUAAAACUAUCUGCCAGUCAGGAAGAUAACUGUGCGUGUGCAACGUCAUUUAGUUCAUUAUGCAUGUUUGAGCACUGUUUCUCACAGAUCACUCCACAUUAAGCUGUGUGUGUGUGUGCGCGUGUGUCCUCAGGAGCAGCCAGCCCAGAACUGCCUCCAGCUUUGUUUUUGGUUUUUUACAGAACUUCCAGGUUUGGUAGCUUUAGCGACAGCACAGUAACAGUCUGACGGCUCUGUGGUUCUGGACGUUGUUUUCUCUGCAGACGGACUCUCAGCUGGGUUUGUUGUUUGGGUGAACGCAGAGGAAGCCCCCCCUGCAGGCUGCUGUGAGCUGCGGUGUCGCUCUUGGAACAGCAUGCUCCCACACUUUUAGUCGACCACAUGGCAAAGCACAACUCCACGCUCAUUGUUAGGUCCACUAAUCUUUUUUUUUAACGUUUUAUUAGCUUCAAAAUUGUUUAUUCUAAAGUGAGCACAGUCAUUUUGCUUUGAGGAGCUAUAUUUAUUUCACGCUGUUUUAUUUUCGCUCGUUUCCCCCACCACUGCUGUAUUGUAUGUUGCCGCUCACCCCCUCUCCCACCAUCAUGUUUGACUGAUCAGGCCCCAUUCAGUCAUGGUUUUUCACAAAGCACCCCAAAUUGAAGCUGCCUGCUCAUAUGAGUGAAAACUGGUCUUAUUCUUCGUCACUUGAUGAAAAAAGUCUUAUGGGCCCUGAAUGUAGAGAACGACAUCAUCGUGAGCACGUGGACUGACGAGUCAACGCUUUGGUCCAGGUAUUGGACUUUUAAAGCACGUGUGUGUGUGCGUGCACCGUGCUCUUUCACAGAUUCACCAGAAUCAGACGCUGCUUUUAGGAUUUUUUUGUUUUUACCAUUACGCUUUUGAAAGGACUCUAAGUAAUGAUACCAUUUUUUAUGUUGGUUUCCAUUUUUUAAGUUGUGUUCAUUUCUAAAACCAGAUCAACAAACAGAAUGAGCUUCAUGUUCCUCUGUCCCAGUUGGACAGACUCUCCCCUCACCUACUGUUUCUUAAAUAAAAACACAAUUCAUGUGC